AUGCAACACUGCCUUGGAUACCCUCUAGAGCUGGCUGGCUGGCUGGCUUGCUCCCCUGGCCAGGACGAACAAGUGAUUUUGCCCUACAUUCGAAUCCAUUUUGCGCUCGCCGUCAAUCGGCCUUUGUGGAUGAAGGCUUUACGUUGCUUUGCGCGCUCAACUUGCCCUGUCAGCAUGUAUGGAAGAUCUAAUUAUGUCCUAAGCUGCCUGCCUCUUCCCCACUCGCUCGGCCGUUUCUUUCAUCCAGCCUCCUCUUCAUUGUUUCGCAUUUUCAUCCGACAUGCCGCAUGA